AAGAGCCCAAUGAAAUAGAGAAAAAAAAGAAGAAAGAAUUCCCAAGUUGACGACAGGCAGGAUAAAUUGAGAAGAAAGAUUUGAAAGCCCCAACACAAACACAAAGACGCAUCGAGAGAUCGAACAAGAGACUUACUUACUUCCUUCCACAUCUCAUCUCAGGUUACACAUAAUAUAAUGGAAACUGGAGGGAACUCCCUCCCAUCAGGUUCAGAUGGUGUCAAGCGAAAGAUUUCUUAUUUCUACGAUCCUGAAGUUGGUAACUAUUAUUACGGACAGGGACAUCCUAUGAAACCACAUCGUAUUCGAAUGACGCAUGCUCUUUUAGCCCAUUAUGGUCUGCUUCAACAUAUGCAGGUCAUCAAACCCACCGCCGCUAAAGACAGGGAUCUAUGCAAGUUCCAUGCCGACGACUAUGUCGCUUUUUUGAGGGGUAUCACCCCUGAAACACAGCAGGAUCAGCUCAGACAGUUGAAGAGGUUUAAUGUUGGUGAAGACUGUCCUGUCUUUGAUGGCCUUUACUCUUUUUGUCAGACUUAUGCCGGUGGUUCUGUUGGGGGGGCUCUCAAGUUGAACCAAGGUGUUUCUGAUAUCGCUAUUAAUUGGGCCGGUGGCCUGCAUCAUGCAAAAAAAUGCGAGGCCUCUGGCUUUUGCUAUGUUAAUGACAUUGUGCUCGCUAUUUUGGAACUUCUCAAGAUACACGAGCGUGUUCUAUAUGUGGACAUCGAUAUCCACCACGGUGAUGGUGUUGAGGAGGCCUUUUACGCCACCGAUAGGGUCAUGACUGUUUCAUUUCAUAAGUUUGGGGAUUACUUUCCUGGAACAGGAGAUGUUCGUGAUAUUGGAUAUGGUACUGGCAAAUAUUAUUCCCUCAAUGUUCCCUUGGAUGAUGGAAUUGACGAUGACACCUACCAUUCCUUGUUUAAGCCCAUCAUGGGAAAGGUGAUGGAGAUUUUUAGACCAGGUGCUGUCGUAUUGCAAUGUGGUGCUGACUCUUUAUCUGGAGACAGGUUAGGUUGUUUCAAUCUUUCAAUCAAAGGCCACGCAGAGUGUGUCAAAUAUAUGAGAUCCUUUAAUGUUCCUCUUCUGUUGCUCGGUGGAGGUGGCUAUACUAUAAGAAACGUCGCACGAUGUUGGUGUUAUGAGACAGGUGUUGCUCUCGGGAUUGAACUAGAUGAUAAGAUGCCCCAACAUGAGUAUUAUGAAUAUUUUGGUCCUGACUAUGCUCUUCACGUUGCUCCUAGUAACAUGGAAAACAAGAACUCCCGACCUUUAUUGGAUGAUAUAAGAUCAAAACUUCUUGAGAAUUUAUCUAGGCUUCAACAUGCGCCAAGUGUCCCAUUCCAGGAGCGACCACCAAAUACUGAACUUCAAGAGAGAGAUGAAGAUGACGAGGAUAGAGAUGAAAGAUGGGAUCCUGAUUUUGACAUGGAUGUUGAUAGCAAUUCUCUUACAGGAAGGGUGAAAAGUGAAUAUGCUGAAGCUGAGCAUAAAGAUGCGGAAAGCUAUCAUAAUCAUCUAGACAGUAGAAGAGAUAGCGUUAUGGGUUUCAAGGAUAUUGCAUGCUCCAAGGUGACAGGGUCUCGCGUAGAUUCAAUGGCAGUGGAUGAACCAUUGAUCAAAGAAGAGCAAGAUAAAUUAGCGGAGGUUUCUGAUCACAAGCCAAGAUGAAGCCUUCACCCUUACAACUAGUGUCUGUCGGCGUGUAAAUUAUAAAUUAUUAUAGUUUUCCUCUUACAAGCUGUCUGGCAUUCAUUGAUGUUUCAAAAUUUUGGUUCAUCAGUAAACUGAUAUAGGUGAAACUUGGUAUAGCUUCUGAUGUCAUUAAGGUGGGUUAUCACUAAUGGCGGUGCUUAGUUUUGUUCCUUUUUUGGAGUAUUUAAGCUGUAAGAUUUUGUUAAUUAUCCUGUAAAAGUGAGCAGCUCUUUUGUUGGAUCUUUGGGAUGAAGAAGGUAUAAUCAGCUCUUUGUGAAAAUGAUGAAAUGUAUGAAGGUUGUCCACACUUUUAAUUUCA